AUGCUCGAGCACUACACGGCCAUGGUGCCGAACCCCCUGAGCUCCGCGGCCGAGGUGGCAAUGGCGCCGGCCUUGCAGGCUGGCCGCUCCAUCACCUUCUCACAGGCCGUCAACAAUAACAUUGGCGAGGGAACGAUAACGGUGAAACAGGAGGCGAGUCUGUUGAACGCCGUCGGGGGCACGUCGAGCUGCGCUAGCUGCGGCCGCAGCAUAGCCGAUCGCUUCCUCCUGAGGGUGAACGAGCGCGACUACCACGAGAGUUGUUUGGCGUGCUCGGUGUGCGCGACCCCGUUCUCGGACACGUGUUACACCCGCGACUGCAAGUUCUACUGUCGCGAGGACUACGAGAGGAUAUAUGGGACAAAGUGCGGCAGGUGCCAGCAAAAACUCGACAGCAACGACUUGGUCAUGAGGGUGCAGACGGGUAUGGUCAACGGCCGGCCCAAGGGCCCCAUUUUUCACGUCGAGUGCUUCGUUUGCUGCGUGUGCAACGAGCAGCUCCUCAGGGGCGCCCACUUCAUACUCAGGCACGGCCAGCCGCUCUGCAAACGGGAGUUCCAGAACGACAUUUACAACAUGAACAGCCCGCAAGACGACGACCUGCUUGACGACAGUAGGCCGCGCGACGGUAGGCGCGGCCCAAAGCGACCACGCACGAUCCUCACGUCGGUCCAGAGGCGCCAGUUCAAGGCCUCGUUCGAGGUCUCGCCCAAACCUUGUCGGAAGGUCCGAGAGGCCCUGGCCAAGGACACAGGACUCAGCGUGCGAGUCGUCCAGGUCUGGUUUCAAAAUCAGCGGGCAAAGAUGAAAAAGCUCCAGCGCAAGGCGAAAACGGACACCGGCACCGACAAGGACAUCAAGGAGGAGAGGAAGCCUGAGAGCCCCCACAGUGAUCACAGCCACUACAUGAAUGCUUUGACCAUGCGAGAUGGGGAAUCGUCCAACUUCCCGUCGGCUACGCAACCACUCAAUCCGAAUAAUCCAUAUUCACCCGAUGAUGCGUACCCGGGUCACUCGGGGGAGAGCUUCUGCAGCAGCGACAUAUCGAUCGACGGCACGGAGGCGGGCUUCGACCUCGGCGAGAGCGAGAGCGGCCCCAUCGACGGAGCCACGAGCUCGCACUCCCACCACUCGGGGGUCGGACCCCAGGGUGGGCCCGACCUCCAGUCGCUCAGCCAGGGUCUUCACGCCGCGGUGCACAACCCCAUCGACAAGCUCUUCAUGAUGCAGACCAGCUAUUUCAGCAGCUCCGAUCACCCGUAGAUCGUGGGUCAAUGUGUAUCUGCCCACGAUGGAAUUGUCGUCAUCUUUUUUUCUUCGGCGAAAAGAAGUAUAAAUGUCUUGGAUUCGAUGAGCACUUGGGACAAAAAUUACACCGAGCAAUUCUAUAAAUCAAAUCGAGAGACCCACAUUCAUUUAUAUUAUGUACAAUAAUUAUUGAGCGGAAGGUUUUUUAAACGUCACCGACCGAUUUUCCGAAAAGGUACGUUUACCAGUCGUUUCGAUGAAUAUAAAUUAAUUUUCAACUCCUGUGUUGCGGAUAUCACACUUUCAUAACGAAUGUAUAUUUAAACAUUCGUAUAGUGAUGGGUUUUCAGUAUUGUUCGUUACUCGUACGUGUAUCGUUUGGAAUGGUAAUUUUUCUAACGCAAAAUAAAAAUAGCUGGUUUAUAUUGUGAGUUUGAGGAUUCUGGAAACAUACGUACUUACAAAAAAUGAA